AUGUCGGGUUUUCAACUAGCAUUGGACUACAUUGACGCGGGAAAUGAAGCGGAAAUUUUACAGCAUCGUGAAAGGGCUCUAGAUGCCAUCAAAAAGCUAGAGGAGGUCCUGGGUCUCACCCAGAGAGUUGAGCCCGGGGUACCAUCUGAGUCUAUGUCUAUCGAACCCGAUGUCGAGCAGCAACCUCAGCAGUUGUCCGAGAAGAUACUUGCUAGAAUAGACAAAAACCUCGUCAGCAUCGUUUCCUACGCUCGGAAACCCCCGGAGACUGCAGUCGCGCCAGCACCGCAAGAGCGCGAAGAUCCUAGAAUUAUUGACGCACAGAUCUACUAUGGCGCGAGGAAAAAGACGACAAGUAUGAUGUUCAGGACAGCAUUAGCUAUCAGAUCUAUUAGUAUGGAAUUCGCAAGGUUUGGGACUAGACUGGCUUACCCAAUCCACAGAUCCACACCCAACCCACCCAAUCCACGCUAUGGGUUGGAUAAGGGUUGGCCCUGA